AUGACAUUGGUUAUCAGAGAAAGGAGGCACCAACAAGCUCUAAGGCUCUCUUUGCCGCAAAGAAACCCUCCUUCGUUGUCGUCGUCAUCGUCGUCUUCGUCGUCGUCGCCACUUCCACAUGCAUCAGUAUCAUUAUCAGGAUCUUCUUCAUCUUCCUCCUCGGUCCUAGUUAACCUCUCAGACCUCGAGAAGCUUGCGGUUCUUGGCCAUGGAAACGAUGGCAUAGUGUACAAGGUUCGACACAAGAAGAGUAAUUGCUUCUACGCAUUGAAAGUGAUACGCUCCAACCCGAUAAUCGGCAUUGAUGGAAGCCCUAACCACGUGGAGGCAGAGAUUCUGAAGAAGAUGGAUUCGCCGUACGUAGUGAAGUGUCAUGCGGUUUUCGACAACGGUUCUUGCAGUGAUAAUGGUGUAAGCUUUGUUAUGGAGUACAUGGGUGGAGGGUCGUUGUAUGAUAUCUUGAAACAUCAUCGUACACUGUCGGAGGAUGUGAUCUCUGAUGUUGCGAAGCGCGUGUUGGAAGGGCUUAACUAUUUGCAUGCCAUGCACGUUGUGCACAGAGACAUUAAGCCCUCGAACUUGCUCGUGAAUGAGAAGGGUGAGGUGAAGAUAGCGGAUUUUGGUGUGAGCCACGUGGUGGUGGAAGAGAAAGAGAGUAAUGGCGGUGGUGGUGAUUAUGAUCUUCAUCAGUAUGGCAAUGCAGGCACGUGUGCAUACAUGAGUCCUGAAAGGAUUGAUCCUGAGAGUUGGAGAGGAGGUGGUGGUGGGGAUGGUUUUGCCGGCGAUGUUUGGUCGAUGGGGGUGGUGGUUUUGGAGUGCUUUCUGGGGCAUUUUCCGUUGAUCGGGGCGGAGCAGAGACCGGAUUGGGCAACACUAAUGUGUGCCAUUUGCUUUGGGGAAAAGGUGGAGAUGCCGGAGACGGCGUCGCCGGAGUUCAAGAGCUUUGUACUGAGGUGUCUUGAGAAGGAUUGGAGGAAGAGGGCAACAGUAAAGGAGCUUCUCCAACACCCUUUUGUGAAUAGAGGAGGGUGUUGCAAUUUCAGUAGAAAAAGGCUUGGUGAUUAUGUUGUUCUUCAGGGGUGA